AUGGAAGACGAAGACAGAUAUAUGACAUUGAAUUUACAAUUGAAAAAGAGGAGUUCCGGCCAAACAUCCCAAGUGAAAUUUAAAGAUGGUUCUGUGAUGUCACACUGGUAUAAAAUCUUAUUGGGGAUAUCAGGAACAGUAAACGGUAUACUGGUUUUGACUUUGAUCUCCCUGUCUUUAUUGGUUUCUCAGGGAAUAUUACUAAAAUGCCAAGAAGCAAAGAAUUCAAAUAUCACCCAACAUGAUGAUAUUGGAAACCUGAUAAUGAACAGUGGCACAAGAGGAAAUAUAAGUAAUAAGGACACAAGUUACUGUGGUUCAAAAGCUACAGGGUUGUGCCCAUCAGAAUGGCUCAAAUAUCAAAAAAAGUGUUAUUGGUUCUCUAAUGAAAUGAAAAGUUGGAGUGACAGUUAUGGGUAUUGUUUGGGAAGGAAAUCUCAUCUACCAAUCAUUCAGGACCAACUUGAAAUGGCUUUUAUACAGAAAAACCUAAAACAAACAAAUUACGUGUGGAUUGGGCUUAACUUUACAUCCCUGAAGAGGACAUGGACCUGGGUGGAUGGUUCUCCAUUAGAUUCAAAGACAUUUUCCAUAAAAGGGCCAACUGAAGAAAAUAGCUGUGCUGCUGUCAAGGAAAACAAAAUUUAUUCUGAAACCUGCAGCAGUGUUUUCAGAUGGAUUUGUCAAUCAAUCAAUAAUCAAUGA